CCGAGUCUCGUGGAGGCCCGCCCCUCCCCCCAGCCCUGUGCCCGGGCAGCCCCCACUAACCCCCAACCCCCACCCCACGGUGCAAGUGUUGGCCGCCGCGGCUGCUGCUGAGAUUGGAAUCCGCCUGUUGGAGCUCGGCGAAGGACCAGGGGGGAGGGAAAAGGGAGGAGGACGGCUGGGGCUCCGGCGCGUCUGUCCUCGUCUGAGACGACGAUCUCACGGCCACUCCAGGGACAGCCGGGCCAGAGCCGCUGUACGCCAAGGGCAGAGGCCGGGACGGGCCCCGGUCGCGUCCUGGCGGCUCGCCGCGCCCUCCCCGCUUCGCGCUGAGGGCUGGAGGAUGAGUUCCCCGGAGUCUGGAUUUAUGAAAAUAUGCAUCAGUUUAAUACUGUCUUGGAAUUCAUGAGAUGGAAGCAUAGGUCAAAGCUGUUUGGAGAAACUUGGAAGUACAGUUUUAUGUAGCCACAUCUCUGAGGAAACCAGGAAGGUCAGGACCCCCAAAUAGAAUCUGAAGCCCCAGGGAGACAGAGGAACCAGUUUGGCAGCUGAUAUGGAAAGUGUUGGGGGCAGGGGCUGGCUGUGCAAUCUGGCUGAGGAGUCAGGAAAAAGCAGUGGAAAUUGGAGUCACUGUAAAGUCAUUAAGACCUUUUACAAGAAAAUCUCACUGAAUAAAAGUCUUCUAAAUUAGUGGCAUAACAAGACCAGUUAUUACAGGUGACAGUGUACAGGAAACAUUAAAAUUGAACAAUGACUCAGCUAUAUAUUUACAUCAGAUUGUUGGGAGCCUAUCUGUUCAUCAUUUCUCAUGUUCAAGGGCAGAAUCUGGACAGUAUGCUCCAUGGUACUGGAAUGAAAUCAGACUCCGAGCAGAAAAAGUCAGAAAAUGGAGUAACCUUAGCACCAGAAGAUACCUUGCCCUUUUUAAAGUGCUAUUGCUCAGGACACUGCCCUGAUGAUGCUAUUAAUAACACGUGCAUAACUAAUGGGCAUUGCUUUGCCAUCAUAGAAGAAGAUGACCAGGGAGAAACCACAUUAGCUUCAGGGUGUAUGAAAUAUGAAGGAUCUGAUUUUCAGUGUAAGGAUUCACCAAAAGCCCAACUACGCAGGACAAUAGAAUGUUGUCGUACCAAUUUAUGUAACCAGUAUUUACAACCUACACUGCCCCCUGUUGUUAUAGGUCCAUUUUUAGAUGGGAGCAUUCGAUGGCUGGUUGUGCUCAUUUCCAUGGCUAUCUGCAUAAUUGCUAUGAUCAUCUUCUCCAGCUGCUUUUGUUACAAACAUUAUUGCAAGAGUAUCUCAAGCAGACGUCGUUACAAUCGUGAUUUGGAACAGGAUGAAGCAUUUAUUCCAGUUGGAGAAUCAUUAAAAGAUCUUAUUGACCAAUCACAAAGUUCUGGUAGUGGAUCUGGACUACCUUUAUUGGUUCAGCGAACUAUUGCCAAACAGAUUCAGAUGGUUCGACAAGUUGGUAAAGGUCGAUAUGGAGAAGUGUGGAUGGGUAAAUGGCGUGGUGAGAAAGUGGCAGUCAAAGUGUUCUUCACUACUGAAGAAGCUAGCUGGUUUCGAGAAACGGAAAUCUACCAAACUGUGCUGAUGCGCCAUGAAAACAUACUUGGUUUUAUAGCAGCAGACAUUAAAGGUACAGGUUCCUGGACUCAACUCUAUUUGAUCACUGAUUACCAUGAAAAUGGGUCUCUCUAUGAUUUCCUGAAAUGUGCUACACUAGACACCAGAGCCCUCCUCAAGUUGGCUUAUUCAGCUGCCUGUGGUCUGUGCCAUCUCCACACAGAAAUUUAUGGCACCCAAGGAAAACCUGCCAUUGCCCAUCGAGACCUAAAGAGCAAAAACAUCCUCAUUAAGAAAAAUGGAAGUUGUUGUAUUGCUGACCUGGGCCUUGCUGUUAAAUUCAACAGCGACACAAAUGAAGUUGACGUCCCCUUGAAUACCAGGGUGGGUACCAAACGGUACAUGGCUCCCGAAGUGCUGGAUGAAAGCCUGAAUAAAAACCAUUUUCAGCCAUACAUAAUGGCAGACAUCUACAGCUUUGGCCUAAUCAUUUGGGAAAUGGCCCGUCGUUGUAUCACAGGAGGGAUAGUAGAAGAGUACCAAUUACCAUAUUACAACAUGGUCCCCAGUGAUCCAUCAUAUGAAGAUAUGCGUGAGGUUGUAUGUGUCAAACGUUUGCGGCCAGUUGUGUCUAAUCGAUGGAACAGUGAUGAAUGUCUACGAGCAGUUUUGAAGCUAAUGUCAGAAUGCUGGGCCCACAAUCCAGCCUCCAGACUUACAGCUCUGAGAAUCAAGAAGACACUUGCCAAGAUGGUUGAAUCCCAAGAUGUAAAGAUUUGACAGUUAAGUGAUCAUGAGGAGAAAUUCUAGACCACAAGAACUGUUUUCACCCAAGGAAUGGGUGGAAUUAGAGUAGAAAUAAGGAGGUUAACUUGGUUCUCAGACUCUUUCCUCACUACACCUUCACAGGCUGCUAAUAUUAAACCUUUCAGUACUCUGUAGAAUAUAAGCUGGGAACUUCUAAAAACUUUAUUCUUUAUAUAUGGACAGCUAUACUUUAAAUGUGGUUUUUGAUGCCUUUUUUAAAUUGGGUUUUUAUGAACUGCAUCAAGACUUCAAUCCUGAUUAAUGUCUCCCUUCAGUCAAACUCUGGGUACUGAAUUACCUGUUCAUAAAUGGUGCUUUCUGUGAAAGCCUGAAGAAGAUAAAUGAAUUCAGCAGAGAUGGAGAAAUAAUACACUUGCCUUCUACCUGAGAAAAUUUAAUCUGUUUGUAUUUUACCUUUGUAAACAGCCUAUGGAUCAUAAUCUGUUUGGGAUACUGCUUUGAUAGUUUGUCAUGCCUUGAUAAUGGUGUGUAUGUACACAUGCGUACACCAGAAUUUCUCUGCUGCCAUUUGAAUCAGAAGGAAAUGUAAUUUAUGAAUACACAGGAAGAUAUUAGUGGCUGUUGGUUUUGUGCUUUAAAAAUGCAUGACCUGACCAAGAUUCGCCAAUCACAUAAAAAGCCAUUUACCUUGAUAGUGAGCUAGCUUCUCCACUAAUUUUGUUUUUAACAUAAAAGUUGAUACAAAGGCCAAAAGUUUAAAGUGCCUGGAAAUUUCAACUGUUUUUCUCCUACCAACAUCUUUUCUUUUGUCUUUCUUUUCCUUUUUUUUUUUUGAAUUAUUAUUUUUGUCAUAGCAUCCUAUCCUGAGUUGGAACUUCAAUGCCAUGAAGCUUGUAAAGAAAACACUUCUUAUUGAAGUGAAUUGCUAAUUACUGCAUUUCAUAGCAAUGUUAAGUGCCUAUACCCAUGUUCUGUAUUCUUUAUUCUCAGUAACUUUUAAAAGGGAAGUUAUUUAUAUUUUGUGUGUAAUAUGCUUUAUUUGCAAAACACCUGCUCCUUUUACAGCCAUACAUUAUAUAUGUACAUACAUUCAUACUGUAGAAACGAGCUCAUGUGGACCUCACACUCAUCCUUGAAGGGGAAAAAAUAAAAGAUCAUCAGAAGAAAAUGUUAUGAAGUAGAACUACAUACGCAUUUUUAGAACUAAUACAUUCAAAAUAGUAUAUCAAGCCUAAGAGUUUGUUAACUUCAGGCACAGAGUUUCAUUAAGAUACUGUCAUCUCAAUUUUUCUUUAUGAUAGGAUCCUCUAAUUAGAUAUUUCUCUUUCAGAACUGGUAAAAAGUUGUCAACAACUGUUAGAGACAUUUAAGUCAUUUGAAAUUUUGGGUUCAUGAUUCCUGUUCCAUAACUUAUAAAGACAGAGAACAGUUAGUAUCUAGUCAGCACCUAUACUUAUCCCAUAUUGUUGUUUUUCAAGAAAAUGCUACAUAUGUUACGGAUGUCUUGUUGUAUUCAAAGGAAUAAUUCUGAUUUACUUAAACUUUUUAUACUUCUGUAAUGCCUUUUAAAUACUAAUGUCUUAUUCUGAAAGAACAACUCGUGGGUGCAGAAAGUGAGACAGUUUUGUUUGAAAAUAGCAUAAAAUAAAUGUGGAUGUGUCGUAAUAUGGUCAAAACAUUUUAAAGGGGGGGAUUAGAGCAUGAAUCUAUUCAUUACCAAAAAUUUGGCACUAAAGGAUGAAACUCUAAUAUAUUUGUCUGUAUAUCAAACUUCACGAAUUAAAAACUUGCUUUACAAUUUUGACAAAAUUUAACAAUUUUCAUCUAAGUUUGGAACAUGCAUUAAGAUAAGUAAAUUUAUGUAUUGUUAGUACCCAGUAAUUUGCUCUUUCAGAGUAUUUUCUCAAUCUCAUAUAGUGAGAUUUAUAGAUACUUUAAUCAAAUUGCUGUGUGACUUAAGAACACUUUAGCAGCUCAGAUCUACUUAGGCUGAGGUUAAGGUUAACCUUGAUUUAUUUUUUACUUGAUAAACUAUAAAUCCUCAGAGUUAUUUGUCAUCUUAAUAAUAAAGAAAAUUAGAAAAGGCAAGCGCUCUCCUUAGAAAAUGUUGAAAUAGUAUGUGAAAGCAAAACAUUACAGGUAGUAAGUACAAGACCUUCGUAAUGAUUUUUUAAAUCAAAUUGAUCUAUUAAAAUUGAUAUCAAGAAUUAAUGUUAGAGACUUGUUCAAUAUAUUUUCUGACAACAUGUUUUUAAGAAAGCAGAUGAUGACAUAUUUGAAAUUCUAAAGUUUAAAAAACUGUUGCAUGAAACUUUUCUUCUGUCCUUCUUACUUUUACUCUUAAAUUUCUAAGUUCAUCCAGUGAGAUAUUUAAAGAAGGAAGUAUGUGAUAGCAUAAUUAAUAAAUUUGUAAAAUCCUAGAAACCAUUAUUUGAUUUCACAAUACAGCAUUUUGAAACUGUGGCUUCUGUCUGUCGUCCCUUUAAAUAAUUAAAACAAAAAUAAAAUACCAGGUACUAGAAUAUAAUAAAAGUUAAUCCUCAAAGAAAAUUCUGCUGAUAAAUAUCUCUACAAUUAAAGCCACAUUAGAUUUGGCUUCAAUGUAUUUAUUUUAAGCUCUCCAUGUGUUUUCUUAUAAAACUUGUAUCUAAUUUUCUGGAUAUGUUUUCACAAAAGAUAUUUCUAUCAACAUAUCAUGUUGCCUUGUCAACAUCCAGAAGUAUUUCUAAACUUAGAAAGUGACUUACAGGUUUUGGAAAUUAUUUUCCUAGAAUAUGCCAGAUUUAUUAUUUACUCAAAAAAAGAAAUAGUACCUUUCUUCCCCCAGAUUUUUUGCUUCUGUUAAAAACAAAAUGCAGUACAGUUUUUAAAGAAUCAUGCAUCUCACCCUGACCAGUGUGGCUCCCCAAAAAGUGAAAGGUCAUUGGUUUAAUUCCUGGUCAGGGCAGGUUGCCUGGGUUGCAGUUUUGGUCUCCAGUUGGGACACAUACAAGAAACAAGCUAUCGAUGUUUUUCUCUCACAUUGAUCUCUUCUUCCUUCCCUUCCCCUCUCUAUAAAAAUAAAUAAAUAAAAUCUUAAAAAGAUCCAUGCAUUUCUAAGUUGGCCCAAGAUCAAAUUUAAUAUUAAAUCAUUUAUUCCGGGGAAGAUUUUAUAAAUGAACUCAUUUGUUUGAAGUACAUGUUGUACUUGAAAUGUGUCUUGAACAGAAAAAAUACUAAUUGAUUUUUUUUAGAAAAAGAUUGUUGCAGCCCUCAUUCUGUCUAAAGGGGUAACACUUAUUAUUUGCUUGGAUCAGAUUUUUAUUUACAGUUAAUCUUCUUGCCUCAGUGCUGUUGACAGAGUCACAGUGAAAACUGCAGACAGCUGACCAAAUGAAACCUAGGGCAUCGAGAGAAGCCACAUGUAAUGAUCGUCCCGUAAGGAAAAUAUGUGAAUACUGCUUUUGCAAUGAUUGAAUCUAUUGUAAUUUUAGAUCAUGCUCUGUACUAUGCUUUCAGUGGAAUUAUUUAAGCUCUUUUACUGACUCUUGUCCUGCCCCAUUUAAAAACUAAAAUGUAGUAUAUAUUGUAUAAAAUGAAAAUACCAUUGUAGCUCACUUAGGGGAGUUGUACAUAGACAUUGAAAGAAGGGUUAAGCAGUUUUAUUAUGCAAUUGUAAAACACUGAAAAUAUAGAUUCAUCUUUGAUAUGUAACACACUUAAAUGUAUUUUGUACAGCAUCUGGUUUAAAAGGUGCCUUAUUAAGUUUACCAUUAAUUGCUUUGUUUUAUAUAUAGAUUACGUUCAAUGUAUCAUUUUAUAAGUAAAUAACCUUAUUUUAGUAUACUUUAGUGAUGUGUUUUGUGAUACUCGGACGGUAUUGUGUAUCAGAAUACAUGUCUGGUAAGAUUUUAUAAACAGUGAGUUAGUGUACAUAUGUCCCAGAGGUGUGCAUGUCAGCUUCCUGAGACCUGUUAGAGAGCGUGGGGCAGUGAGUGACCAUACAACCACAGGCCUCUUCCCUUUGUGUAGACAAAGAAGUCAUAAACCUAUUGUGAUACAGGUGGUUUUUCUUUAGAAAAUUUUUUCCAGUUCUAAAAAUGUGUACUUAUUGCAGAAAUUUUGGAAAACAUAGGAGAGAAUAAAAAAGCAAAUAAAAUUAUUCAAAAUUCUAUUGCCAGAU